UAUGUUUUCUGUUUUGUGGUUUAUAUUCUCCUUGUGACUUUGUGAUUGUUGAUUUAUUUACGUUUCUUUUCUAUUUAAUUGCAAACUAUUAAAAUGGCAGAGGAAGAUGAGAUAGAUAUCCUAGGAGAAUUUAACUUGGGCAAUUUUUUAUCGAAAAACAACGGCAACAUCUACGACACCUCAGAAACUUUGGUAUCCCAAAAUGCUGAUAUACUGAACUGUGACUUCACAAUUCACCCACAGUGGCUCUUGGAUAAACCCAGUGCUAAUCCAGACAACUGGUAUGAUACCAACAACUUAUCAAUGAGCCUACUUGAAAGAAGUCAACUUGAAACUGAUAGCCUGGGCCAAACAUCUACAGAAAACAGUAUAACAGAUGAAAGUGGAUGGACAGAAAAAGAAAAAAAUUUGCUUGAAAGAGGCAUUGAUAUAUUUGGAAAAAGUAAUGUACGCCUGGCUCAGUUUAUAGGCUCUAAAACACCUUCUGAAGUUAGGUAUUACUUGAAAAAUUUUUAUCUUGAAAAUCAUAGCCAUGAUGAUAAAUGUCUCAAUGAUGGUUUUACUGGAGAUAUUUGUACUGCCCAGCUGGCUGAUGAUGUCCUAGAUGAUACUCAAGUAAGUCCUUUCAAUUUGUACCACUUUUUCUGCAACAAAUUGGAGAAUAAGUUUCAAAUAUAUUUUACAAUAUAAUAAUAUGCAAG